AUGGUAGAUAGUAAUAAUUACCAGCUGGAACAUCAGGCACUGCUUGAUAAUGAGCAGCAAACUUCCGAAAUAAUCAGUAAGCCGUCAAAUAUCCGGAGGAAGUACGUACCCACCCCACAAGAUACAAGGAAAUCUAGAGCAUCAUAUACAGGAAGUGCAAUGAUAAAUCCAAUAAGCAAACAAAGUCGUACAGGGGCUGGUGCUCAAAGAACAUCACGUACAGCGCAGAAACUAAAACUUCUGCCAGAGGAGCCUUUUCAAAGAGAUGGCGACGGGCUUACAGAACUUAAGAAUCAGGAGGUAUAUUCACAGGUUAAUAGGAUAAAAGAUAAGCCCGCUAGAAGAGAUGCCGAAAAGUUGGGGAAGGCUCACAGGCAUUUACUCCCAAGAUCUACUGCAUACUGUACUGCUAGCAGUUACAAUAUGAAAGAGCUUAUAAGGUGGUUAAAGGACAGUCGAAAGUUACACCAUACUCAUCCAAAAUUAUUCGAUGAGUGCUUAUACACUCCUUUCAUUUAUAACGAUUGGAGGGGGGACAAAAGAUUUGAGCAUGAGGACGUCAUUAGGUUAGAUGAUGAGGGUGGUGAAAUUAUUGUUAGUGACAAGCACCCCGAUCUAUUUAUCUUUGAAUAUGGUGUUGUUGUUAUGUGGGGGUUCACUGAAAGAGAAGAGAAGGCAUUUCUAAACGAUAUAGAGAAGUUUGAAAAAGAAAAAUUGGCAGAAGAAGAUAUUCAAGUAGAAGAGUUUAAUUAUUAUGUUACAAAAAGCUACCAGCCGAGGAUAUAUAACGAUUUCAUUACCCUAAGGGAUGGCUCUAAUUAUAUGGUAAAACUCUCUAUUUCUCAUGCUAUUGCACAAAGUGUAAAAAUUUCACUUUUCGAAGAGCUUGUAGAUAAUACUAUUGAAGAUACUCAGGAUAUACCUCAAGAAAUUGCAUAUAGUGGGAAAGUUUCAAUGAGCAAGGAAGAUAUAAUGAAAAGUAUAGGGGAGCUGUUCAUUUUAAGAAUAAAUAUCAACCUACAUGGAUCAAUUUUGGACUCUCCCGAGAUUAUGUGGUCAGAACCACAGCUGGAACCCAUAUAUCAAGCUACUAGAGGUUAUUUGGAGAUUAAUCAGCGUGUUUCACUCCUAAACCAAAGACUAGAGGUGAUUUCAGAUCUUCUCCAAAUGCUAAAGGAACAGCUGGGCCAUUCCCAUGAAGAGUAUCUUGAAUUUAUUGUCAUACUAUUAGUCGGUGUGGAAGUACUGAUAUCAGUGAUCAAUAUAGUCGUUGACAUGUUGGCAAGCCAAAAUUAA